UCUCACUUAACAUCGUAGAUCGUAUCGGAGGAUAAUAAGUGGAGAAGACGUUGUGUAUAUAUAAGGGGGGUUCGCCCCUUUAUGUCCAUAGUUUUAAAGGAUUUCGGGCGUGAAUACAGUCAACUACCUACCCCUAACCUGCGAACCAUUGGCAAUUUACGGGACCAAGGCUCCAACAUUUCAUUCUUAGGCCUAGCAGAGAGCCGUCUUAUGCACGAAACUUUUCCAAAGAGGUUGCUAUUCCAGCUAUACCAUGUUCCUAGCUUCUCAUGCCCUGCGGAGGCCUGGGACGCUGCCUGGCAAGAAGACGGACCUGCUGACCCUGUGGACCUAGCUAUGGAUAGCCUGGUGCAGAGGGAUUAUGACAAGCCUACAAAGGCUGUCUGUAACAAGCUAGGCGCUUUUCGUAACCGAGCGACCGGCCGAACCCAUUACUUCGUCUCAAAUGAGCCGGCCAUUAUCCGCGUCCGCUACCGUGCGCCCAUGUUCCAAGCUUCUUGUGACUACCUACCUACCUACCUUUCACUCGAGAUCAAGCUCCCAACUAAUGGGCCUAUUCGGUGACAACAUGCUCGUGAGAGUUGCUGGGUUUGAAUCGGCACGAUCGUGCCGUGCAACUGGAAGACAAUAGAGACUCAUUAAAUAACU